AUGGGUUUAUUACCGCACGGCUAUUUCGAUCCGCCGCCACACAGCAGCACACCUGUGGAUGAUACUGAGGCACAGGCCGCUAAUGACAUGGAUGAUGGUACAGGUGGCGCGGACAAUGAACAGCACAAUGACCCUGCUUGGCCUGCAUUGGAGAUUGACGAGGUUCGCACGAUAGAUAGUGAUAACAACUUUGAAGUGUUGAUCGUAAGUGACUCGCAUAAGUUGUGGGACAUUCCCGAAGGAAAAAGGGUCGUUAUGGAGUAUAAUGGGGCGUGGCAGCCUGUAGGACAAAGCGGCAAAAAGUUUAGACGGAUGACUGGCAAGGCGUGCAAGGCCGGGACCUUUAUUAGGCUAUCUGACAACUGGGAUGAUGUACCAGAACAAUGCAAGGAGGAUUUGUUUCAGUCUUUGAUGCGUUACUUUUACAUCAUGCCUGGGUCGGAUAUUACGGCAAUUAAGAAGGACGCUUUCAGGGACAUGGGCGAGAAGCAGAAGCUUUUAAGGCACAAUUUAAGAAAGAAGCUCAGGAUUCAGAGCGACGACACUCCUGGGACAGUGUCGGCAAGGAUGGCCCAGACCAUUUCAAAGUACAACCCCGCAGACGUUGAAAUAUUGUUGGGAAAAUGGUGCGAUCCCGCUUAUCAAGCUUUCUGUGCGCACAUGAAAGAGAUACGAGCACAAAAUCAAAUACCACACUACAUCGGCUCGAAGAGCCUUGCAAGGCUGGCACAUGAGGAAAUGCUUAGUACGGGCAAGUCUCCUACGCGAGCGAAAACUUAUAUCAAGAGCCAUAAAAAGGCAGAUGGUAGCUGCCCAAAUCCGGUAGUCGCAGCGAGGAUUGCUCGAAUGGAAGAGUUAUUGGAGAAUGACCCUGCGGAACAGGUAGAAGGGCCACAUGGGACGAUAAGGUGGACACCGGAUGAUGCUUAUGCUCAGGCGCACGACAAUAAGCCUGAGUAUGCAGGUCGUGUCCGAGGGGUAAGUAAGAAUAUUUUGCCUGCGCGCGGCACAAUCCACUCAUAUUAUACACCAUCCCAAACACGGUCGCAGAACCGUGGUGGUCCAAUGGUCUCGCGUGAAGAAUUCGAAAGAGCCAUUGAAGCCGAGAGGGAGAAGCACAGAGAGCAAAUGGAUGCGAGGCUAGCGUAG